GUGAACUGGCCAGAGCGACCCAAGAUGCAACCAUGGAAAACUUCGCCCUCGACGCAACUCACAAAGGCGGUCUAACCAUCUCGCACUACCUCGACUGCUCGCCCAACCUCGUCAGCAUCUUCAAGGAAGUCAACAAGCUGGUCCUUGUUGUCACCGUUGGCUUGGUCUCUGUCUCUCUGCUCCGCACCCUCCGUCCCUCGACCUCGCGUGCCUCAUGAUCGCACAAUUGUCGCCCGCCUCGUUGGCAUGGCUGCUCUUCGCUACCUCGGCUCAAGCUUCUUAUGUUAUUGAGGGUCUUUCGUUCGGCCACAAGGGCCCCAUCUCGCCCAAUGGACGCGCCGUGCCCGGUUGGCACCUUUCGGGGGAAAACCACACUCCUCAACUACUCUCGGACCGCAUUAUUCUGACUCCCCCAGCGCCAGGUGGCACACGAGGAGCUAUCUUUGCCGACAAUGCCAUCACUCAGCCUGAAUGGGUAGUCGAGACCGAGUUUCGUGCAUCGGGUCAAGAGCGUGGGAGUGGUAACCUGAACUUUUGGUUCGUCGAUACUGGCCGCUCAGCUGUUGGCCAGAGCAGUAUAUACACCGUCGGGAAGUUCGAUGGUCUCGCCCUUGUGGUAGACCAGUAUGGCUCUCGCGGCGGAUCUAUUCGUGGUUUCCUGAAUGACGGCUCUGCCAACUUCAAGGACCAUCACAAUGUCGACAGUCUGGCUUUCGGUCACUGUGACUAUGCUUACCGUAAUCUGGGUCGUCCCAGCAAGUUGCGCAUCGAGAAUGGUGCUCAUGGCCUCCGCGUCGAUAUCGACGGCACGUCCUGCUUCCACAGCGAAAAGGUCAACCUUCCUCCGGGCUACUUCUUCGGUGUAUCUGCCGCCGCCUCUGAAAACCCAGACUCGUUCGAGGUCUACAAGUUCGCUGCAUCUACCACCAACUCUAUCGCUCGUGAGGAGCCCAAUGUUGAGGCCAAGCGUCAACACAUUGAGAAACUUGACAAGUUUCCUGGUGCUCCUGAAGCUCUUCCUGACGCUGACGCGAGCACCAUCAAGGCCCAAGCGGACCAGUUUGCCGAUCUACACAACCGUCUGCAAGGAAUGACUCACCAGAUCGCAAACAUGUUCGGCGAGUUCGAGCGUUUGUCACGCCAGAUGAACGACCGUCAUGCCGAAUUGAUGUCCAAGGUUGCUGGUACAAAUGCUGGUGACUCUAGUGAUAAGCCCCAGCAACAAUUUACUAGUGAUGCUCUCCUUCCACUGAGUCGUCGCGUCGAGAAUAUUGAGCGUAUUGUUCUCGCUGUUCAGCGUGAUGUCGAAGGCAAAGACUACCGCGAGCACCUGACAAACCUACAGCAGUCCAUCGAGGGUGUUCGUGGAGGUCUGACUGAGCAUCUUCCCGAGACUAUCGCUCACAUGAUCUCCACUGCCGCUCCAAAGAUGGGCAUGUUCAUCUUUGUUGUCAUCGCCUUCCAAGUCAUGCUCGCCGGCGCCUACAUUGUUUACAAAAGACGCAGGGCAAAUGCCCCCAAGAAGUACUUGUAGAUUCAGUAUACCCUUCCUUUUCGAACUUUCCGCGCUGUAUGUUCUUGUCUUUGUCGAUGUCAAGAUUAGCGUUGUCUGGAAACCCCUUAUAGAUGCCAAUAGACUUCGAAAUCUAUCACGAACAUCCGAAACACGUAUCUUUACCAUCU